CAGACCCCGGAAGUGCAACUCGAAGUUGGUGGGGGCGCGGAUCCCGAGAGAGAAAGUGGUGGCAGGCGCGCUCCAGGGGGCUCGCCCAGCGAUCUGGAAGGCUACGCCUCCUCCCGCCUACCCCCUCAGCCGUGCAGCUGGGGGCAGAGCUCAGACUGUUCUGAAGAUUGAUGUCUAUUUCCUUGAGCUCUUUAAUUUUCUUGCCAAUUUGGAUAAGCACGGCACAAAUCCAGCAGGGAGGUCCAGAUGAAAAAGAAAAGACUACAGCAUUGAAAGAUUUGCUGUCUAGGAUCAAUUUGGAUGAGCUCAUGAGGAAGGAUGAACCACCUCUUGAUUUCCCUGAUACGCUGGAAGGAUUUGAAUAUGCUUUUAAUGAAAAGGGGCAGUUAAGACACAUAAAAACCGGGGAACCAUUUGUUUUUAACUACCGAGAAGACUUACACAGGUGGAACCAGAAAAGAUACGAAGCUCUGGGAGAGAUCAUCACAAAAUAUGUUUAUGAGCUCCUGGAAAAGGAAUGCCACUUGCAAAAAGUAUCAAUUCCAGUAGAUGCCACUGAAAGUGAACCAAAGAGUUUUAUCUUUAUGAGUGAGGAUGCUUUGACAAAUCCACAGAAACUGAUGGUUUUAAUUCAUGGUAGUGGUGUUGUCAGGGCAGGUCAGUGGGCUAGAAGGCUUAUUAUUAAUGAAGAUCUGGACAGUGGCACACAGAUCCCUUUUAUUAAGAGAGCUGUGGAUGAAGGGUAUGGAGUCAUUGUCCUGAACCCAAAUGAAAACUAUAUUGAAGUGGAAAAGCCAAAAAUGCGCAAACAGUCGUCUGCUGAUGGCACAGAUGAGCCAGCAGAGAAGCGGGAAAGGAAAGACAGAGUCUCCAAAGAAACAAAGAAGCGCCGUGAUUUUUAUGAGAAGUACCGAAACCCCCAAAAAGAAAAGGAAAUGAUGCAGUUGUUUAUCAGGGAAAAUGGUUCUCCCGAAGAGCACGCAGUCUAUGUAUGGGACCAUUUCAUAGCCCAGUCUGCUGCAGAGAGCGUGUUUUUUGUUGCUCACAGCUAUGGAGGACUUGCUUUUGUUGAACUGAUGAUUCAACGAGAAGCAGAUGUAAAAAGUAAGGUGACUGCUGUGGCAUUGACAGACUCCGUUCACAAUGUGUGGCAUCAAGAAGCUGGCAAAACCAUCCGAGAAUGGAUGAGAGAGAACUGUUGCAACUGGGUUUCCAGCUCAGAACCAUUGGACACAUCGGUGGAGUCCAUGCUGCCCGACUGUCCUCGAGUCUCUGCAGGCACCGACCGCCACGAGCUAACUUCCUGGAAGAGCUUCCCGUCCAUCUUCAAGUUCUUCGCGGAAGCGUCGCAGGCCAAGAGCAGCUCGCAGAAGCCCACCCUGACGCGGCGCUCGCACCGGAUCAAGCACGAAGAGCUGUGAGCUCGCCGCUGCCGCCUGCUAUCCCGCAGCCUCCGGCCCCCAUUAGGUUGCUUUCUUCCUCCAGCAGAGUCGUGUUCGUCUAAAUAGUGUUUUGCAUUAUCUCUAGAUGAGUACAACUGUAAAAGCAAGAUGGACUCAGCGGCCGCCUUUCCUGCGGGCUGAGCGGGGACUUGGCGCUGGGGCCGGCGGCCGACAGUGGCUGAGAGCGCCGGAGCCCCGCGCCGCUCGGCUCCUAACCUCCCCUGCGAGCCGCCGGUGUGAGCGAGCAGAGUCUGCGCGGUCCUACCGCCCGCUGCAGUGCGGCCGCUGCUGCCCAGCCUCAAUCGUGCCCAGUUUCACUUCCCCUUAAGCCCAGCAAGCUUUUUUUCUAGACUUCAAACUUUGAUUUUAAUCAAGUUUUCCCCUACCCCUCUUUUAUAAAAAGCCACACACCCGAGUCCUAGAAAUGCCAACUUUAAAUUGAGAACACGAAUGCCAUGAUGUAUGUACUAUGUAGUUUGGGGAAUACAAAUUAUUCCCUCCCUGUAACGGACCUAUUUCCUUUCAAGACCAAAAGAAAAACUGCAUAGAAAUACAUAGAGUACUGAAUUCGAGUCCUUUUUUCUGGACGUUCCUGCCGAGUUGAGGGAGAGUUUUCAUGUCUCUGACUUCCGGAGAGAAUGUUCAAAUGAAAACAUAAGCAACUAUUUUAGAUGUAGGUAUGAGGCCCCAUUUUCAGUGAAAUUUCUAACUUACAUAACUGAGCCUACUGUUAAAUGUGUAACAUGAUUUGUGGCACUUAGAAAAUACACUUAAGGCUUGCUCUCUGUGUAUUACGGUGCAGAGAGUUGGUGGUAGUUACUAAUCUGUACUAAGUGUACUUUGACCUUUCUUGUAAGUGAACCUUUUCAGAUACAGGAUUUUUUUUUGCUAUCAAGAAAAUGAAACUGCAUACUCCAAUCCUUCUGAAAGGCUAUGUAAGGUUACAGUGCGUCAGUUUUCAUCUACAAUAGGAAAAGAGAAUGAUUUUCUCUUUUAGGUACACAAUUUUUAGUGUUCCACUUCCUCUGAUAGGGUGUUGUCCUAUAAUUCCAACUGUUAGGUCCUUUACCCCAACUGGGAUCUGUGGAACACUGUAAAAUACAGAAGGUAAAAUAAGUUGACAUUUUGCUGGCUUUCAAAUUAAAACAUUAAACAUGAAUUACUUGAAUAAUUAGUGAAGAUCCUAUCCAGUGGGUGAGAUUGUGAAUUUAAUACUUCCAAUCCUUUCUUAAGUGAAUGCAACAAGUAAUGAGUCUGUCUUAUUUGAAAACAUGCAAAAGUAUAUACAAAAUGAUACUCAGGCACUGCCUAAUGCCUCAGAGUAACCAGAACUCAACACACUUAUGGAGAAUUUUUUUAACACUGUGAACUGAUUUCAGAAAGUUUUAGAACUGUUAAUAUCCCAUGUUGUUUGACAUAUAAAUGCACUCAAUAGUUCUGUGUUUUCAAUACCUGGGAAGUAAAGGACCAGUGAUCGUGUCUGGACAUCUUCUGAUAUUACUUAUUAAGAGGAAGAUCAAAAUGGCAUUUUAUCCAACUCCUGAGCCGUUUAAAAUGUGUUACUCCAAUAAUGUCAAGCACAGUGCUCUGUCAUAGUGGCCCUUCUCGUUUCUAAUUGUAGAGGGAUUGGUGAACUCUGUAAAGAUAAUGCUGUCCUCUCAAUGACUGGCUUUGAAAAAGUGGUGUGGGUUGAAUACAUCUUACCAAAUGCUAUAAAUUAUCUGGUGUUUUCAAUAUAUGAAAAUAUGCACAAGAAACUAAUUUUGUGACAUUAAGACAAAAUCAUCACUCAGGCAGAGAUAAAUUUGGGAAGCUUCUGCUGCUGAAUUGAAGGAAAGUAAAUGUGCUGAGCUUCUGAACCAGAGGGCUCCUGGCCCUCCUCCAGGUCCCUCAGUUUUACAGAGAAAGUCACUGCUUCCUUAAGAUGAGUUGUUCACAAUCUCUGAAUUGUAACCUUGUUGUCUAUCUGAUAGAGAGCUGUUUACAAAGCUAUAUUUUGUAAAUGUCUGUUACUACUUAUGGAUCUGCACUGUAGCAACCCAGAGGGAGCCAGGCAAAGCCUUCCAAUGAUAAGUGAUUCCUUAUAAUGUAGGGUUUCUUAACCUGUUGAUUGGGAUGCUAUCCGUAUAUGUAUAAUAAUACUAUUCACCUCAGUGGCCAGUGUUAAUAACAGCUCUUCUCCCUGUAGUUUCCUUUAAAAGAUUCUAGGCCCGUGGUGGUCUGAAGGUAGACUGUGGGCUUUUUUAAUUUUCUUUACUCAUAUGCUUAUUUCUUAGAGUAAAAAGAUUGAGAAAGACAUAAAUUGGAGAUGCAGAACAGUCCUGAUGAAGCUUCAGUGCCAGGCAGUUGCUUUGGAUCUUUCUAAAAGGGACCUGACAAGAAGUCCUUGAAAGCCAGCCUGAGUGUGUGAAAGACCAUCUACUCAUAACAAUUGUCCUUUCCUCACGCUUCUGCCUUGUGCUUCCUGGAAUGCUGCAUUGCUUAUAUGUCAAAAAUAAACAAAGCACAGGAGUUUCCUUUAAUGUCUUUUCUGUUUAACAUUUUAAAAUAAAAAAGUUUUCCAACAA